AUGAGCGCAUCGGAGAAGACGACUACUACGGGUGUUUCAACGCUAUCUUUUCAUCUUCUCCCCAAAGACAUUAUCGUCGAAAUCCUCUCCAAGCUUCCUGCUAAAUCCCUAGUACGAUUCAAGUGCGUUUCUAAAUUCUUUUGCGCUCUCAUAGCCGCUGAUCAUGGCUUUGGCGUUCUUCAUCGCAGCGUGUCCUUGACCCUUCCAAGUAGGGCGGGGAUCCUCAUCGUUAUCAUACCUCGAACGCGGGACCACACCCGUUGCCCCCCUGUGUUUUACACCAUAAACACUUUCAGCGAAGAAAACCGGCGGCCUGGAAAGCCGCAGCUCCAAGCCAACCGUGUCGGCUACUUCCAUGUCGGCUACUUGGACGGUGAACGCUAUGGAAUAGACCAUCUACGCUCCUCCUCGGACGGCCUGGUUUGUCUGCACAGAAACAACAGACACGUUGUCGUUUGCAACGUUAGUACGAGACAGCGUAUUUCCCUCCCAAGAAUCCCAUCUAAAAUAACCUAUGCAACGUUGGGGUUCGAUCCAGAAUCUAAAAGAUACAAGGUUUUGGUGUCAGCUCCCAUAGUUGAUCGAGGCCUCCCCCUCCUUGGUAGGAGGGGGAAGUAUAAGCAUUGGGUUUUGACUGUGGGAGUGGAUAUAUCGUGGAGGGAGAUUAACAACAACAACAACUGUUCCCACUUCUUUUACAACUAUAUUGAUGGCUAUAACUGCCCUAACUAUUCUGAUACUAGUGUCUACAUUGACGGCGUUAUCUAUUCUACAUUGACGGCGUUAUCUAUUCCUAUAAUUGCAAUUGGCUGA